GAUUAGAUAGAUUACUUACAUUCAUUUUACCUGUUUCUCUCUCUUUUUGAACUUGAAGUUCGGUUUCUUGCCCUAAUUUCUAAAAUCUGCCCUGUGAGAAGAUCUGAAGUAGAGAGUUGUUGAAGAUUUGUUUUCUUUUAUUUGUUUGUUUGAAAUGGAGAUGGUUAUGGAAGAUUCACGUUCAUACAUCACUUCUUCAUACACUCGUGAGUUGAUUACAGGAAGACAAAAAUGGAUAAUACGAUCUUCUUCUCCUGAGGGUGUUUCUAUAUGUAAAAAAGGUAGUUCUUCUCAACUGUUAUCUUUCUUUUAAAUCGUUCGUCAAUAUCGUUUUAGGGUUUCGAAAUCAUAUUCUUCUCGAAUACGUUUUGAGACUAGUCGAGUUCUUAUUGUUUCUUGUUCAAAGAUAUCUCGGAUUCUGGCUUAGAAGUAAUUACAAGUAUAAGCAGAUGAUUCUAGUGUUAUCUUUCUAAAGAACAGGAUAAAAUUGUUGGAUCUAGGGUUUACUUUACCCUUUCUGUUUGGUUCUUGAUUUUGAGUAAUUUGACAAAUAGGCGGUGAAGAUUCUAGGGUUUACUUUGUUUCUUGGGAUUUUGAAGAGUUUUGUGAUUUGGGUCAUUUUGAAUCGGAAGAAGCGGGAAUAUUGAAAUUGGUAUGGCGGGAACUAAGGAGUUGCCUAAAAUAACUGGAAGGAGCUUGAAGGAAUUAUCUGCUAGAACUACUCUUAAUCAAGUAAGAUCAGAGGGUCAUCCUUAUGUUGAUUUAAGGGAAGAUGGGAAUGCAUUCAUCUUUUUCUGCACUAUAUGUCUUGCUCCUUGCUACAAUGAUAAUACAUUAUACGAUCACCUGGGGGGAAAGCUACACGCUAGAAGGUAUGCUGCUGUUAAAGUUACACUGUUAGGGCCUAAUCCGUUUCCUUUUAGUGAUGGAGCUCUUUUCUUUCACGACCUUGCUGAGCAAGAUAACCUGAGUACAAAGUCUAACCAACCACCACAUAGGUUAUUGAGCAUUGGAUUCAAGAACAGCAAUAAUGAUAAAAGCUCUAACAGCGUAAAUGAGGGCUGUGAGGUGUUGGAAUGGCAAGAACCUAUGAGGAAAUCGAAUUCUCUCGAAUGUGUUGUGAGAGACCAUGUUGAUGAUACUUCUGACAGUAACGAAUACAUCGUAGUUCCAGACGUCGUGUGCAACGAUCAACUCUCUGAUUUGAAGAUAAAAUUUAUCGGGGUUGGGGAGAUUGCUGCGAGAAUUUGCGAGAAGGAUGGAAAUCGUAGUAUUCACACUAUAUGGUGUGAAUGGUUGGGUGAAGGACAUUCAGGACAUGGGAACAAUGUUCCAGAUAAUGGUUUUGCUAUCAUUAAUUUCUCAUAUAAUUACACUUUAGGAAGGGCUGGGAUAACAGAAGAGUCUCAUGCAAGGCUAACUUCUGGUGCAUACUCGGGAAAUGCCUAUAAAAAGAAAAGAAAGUCAUUUUCUGACCCUGAGGAUGUCAGCAAAUCUUUGAGGAGAACACGUGUUUCUGGUGGGCGAGAUUGCACUGGUGAACAGAAUCAGAAUGUAAAAGUUAAGCUGAGCAGGACUGCUAGACAAGCGUUGAGGAAGCAACAACAGAUUGUCUCUAGUUGUAUGUGUGAUAUCUGUCAACAGAAAAUACUUCCAGGAAAGGAUGUCUCUACCCUUUUGAAUAUGAAAACUAUGCGUCUUGCUUGUAGCAGCAGAAAUCGUAACGGGGCAUUUCAUGUGUUCCAUACGUCCUGUCUCAUACACUGGAUUCUUCUCUGUGAGUAUGAGGUCUGGGCGAACCAGUUUGGUAGUCAGAACAUGGCAGUAGGAAGUCAAGGAGUCACAAACGGGUCGCAGGCUGAUGGCAGAGACAAAAUGGUUGAGUUAAGCAUUGUUCCCAAAACACCCUUAUCUUCUGUAUUCUGCACUGAGUGCCAGGGUCGUGGCGUAAAUGUUGAAGAGAACUUAGAGAAUCCAAGUGUCUUUCUUUCUGAGAUGUUCAAAUUUAAAAUUAAACUUCUUGACGGACAUAAAGCGUGGAUGUUCAAAGGGCCUGAAGUACUGAAAAACUGCUCGACGGGGCUUCGUUUCUCUGAUCAGUAUAACGAAGCAGUUCAGGGGAAUGUGACGCCAUUAAAGAUGAUGUAUUUCUUUAGAGCUGAUCUUUAGAAAUCCACAUAUAGCACAUUGAUGCAGCGCAAGAGUUGAUUUCUUACAUAACGUGUAAAGUAACUCGUUCUUACCUUUUGUACAAGUAUAUGGAUAUGUUAGAUAUACACCUUAAUCUGAACCUCACAAUGUACAUUCCUGACGAUGUAACAGAGGUGCAUGACUUUCCUUUUGUCCAUUUUGUUUCGGAUAUGUAAAUGAACUGAUGUCAAAUUUGACCUCUUGGACAGAAGUUUACAUUUCAUUUACUUCAUUACGGAGUUUCCACUUGUGCAAUUGAAACGAUGGUAGAUUUUUUCUGUUGAA